AUGGAUAUUCGUAAAUGGCUGAAAAAGCCAAACACUACAUCGGCGACGUCCCCGCAGCCUGGCAGCAGCUACAGGAGAACCGGAGAAGCCGAGGAGCAUCUGUCAAGGCCACGGCAGCAGGUGCCGAGGCAAAUGGAGGAGAGUGAACUGCCCGCCAUUCCCCCGGUGCCAACAGCCUCUGACCCGGGUUCACCGGUGUUCGGUGCGGCGGGGCCGCCAUCGCACUCGCAGCAACAGUUUCGUUUACCGGAAGACCUCAGAGUUGAAAAGCCAGUUCAAGUUUGUCUCCAGCAGUUUCCAAAGAAACAACAGCAUAAUAAUGACUGUAAACGGUCGUUUUCGGCUAACUGUGGGGAUGCAUGUGAGGGCACACCUGUCCCUCCAAAACGACUGCGGCAGACCACAGAGGCCCUUCAGGAGUACGUGGUGAGUGAAGGCCUUGGGCAGUGCGAAGCAGACAUCCAACAUGAGUGUAAGCAGCUGUUUUUUGCCGUAAUCGACUAUUUUGUGUGA